ACGUUAAUCGCAGAUUGAUUGCAGUAAACGCCAUUAAUUAGAAAAGUAACUAUAAGACGAAGUAUAUAAAUCGGUUCGGCUGAUACCGCUUCUGAAUCAGAAGUCCUGAUAAGUUUUAAUUUGAUACUCUGUACAUGUACUGACCGGUACAUUGCGUAUCGUGUCGCAGUUUGCUUAGACAGCACGAAGACAUGGCAUCCUUCUUAUCGUUGGUUUUUCUUGCUGGAUUCGUGGUCCUGGCAUAUGGAGCAGGAGACAGCAAAGGUAAGAUGGUGGAAAUCAAAUCCCGCUCGGUCGACUGCGAUAAAAAGAUCGCGUACACCGCCAGCCGAUCGGUGGAUGAUUGCGCUGGCAAAUGCAAAAAAGAUGCUAACUGCCGAUUCGCGAUUUACAAUACCAAGGAAAGAAAAUGCGGCAUCGUCCCACCGAAUUUCGACUGCACAUUUAGACGGAGCGAGACGGAAGAACUGAUCGGAUUUGCGUACAAAAAAUUUACCAAACGCGACAAUAUCUACAUCGGUGCCGGAUCGCUGCAGAACAAGAAAGGUCAAUCGGUGUUAGAAAGCAGUUAUGGGACCGAUGACGACGACUGUAAGGCCCUGUGCGAUAUCCAUCCCACCUGUAAAGUGGCAUAUUACACGGCGGGAAUGGGCAUGCAUGGCUGUACGCUGAAAGCGGCGGCGCAGCCGUCCAACAAAAUAUCCGGCUCGUCGGGAACGAACACGGCGUUCAUCGCCGCGUAAUGCCCAUCAACUUUUACAGGUCGCGAGCACUCCCGCUUCUAGUGAAGAUUUUCUGUUCUAUAUUGUGUCAUCCUUUCGUAGUUCGAAGUGUUAAGUGGUUUCCAUCAUCAGCGCUGCCAAUAUCAUUAAUUGUGCAACCUAGCCUUCGAGGAGUUUGUUUGUUUGUUGUUGUGCUAUCAGUGCUAACAACAAUGUAAUGCUGGCGUGGCGCGUUAUAUGCUACAACAGAGAGCAGCCAAUAAAGGUCAGUUUCUGCA